CAUGAUUGGACAACGUCACUGUGUGAAGUCGGUGGUAACUCUCGUAGCCGACCGUCUCAAGGAUCUGUGAUCGUCGCUCAGCUAAUUCCGACAUGACUCUCCGUCUGAUUUGGUCGAAAAAAACCUUAGUUACCACCAUCACCCUGGCUGUCCACGUGUCCAGCAUGCAGGAAGUCAAUCUAUCUGAAAUCGUAGGCUCUCGGCGUCGUGAUAGAAACAGGAAAUUGCCCCAGAAUAGUGUCAGGUCUAUCGAGUCCGAGACCCAUGGCAUGGCGCUGCGAAUACGAGGCCCAAAAGGUCGAUUGACGCUAUCAUGGUGCAACAAACAACUCAAGAUAGAUGAAAGCCGCUCGUAGCGGUAUACGUCAUUGUCCUUUAUCGCCAUGCCAUGCCAUGUAAUCGCAGCAAAUGCAGGGGUAUCAAUCCAAAAUCAAAGCAGCGCCUCCUUCCAAAUAGCAGUCCUACGCCCAGAAAUGCCCAAUGCCUCGUC